CAAAAAUCAAAAUUGGAUCUGUAAAGCGAUUACGGAAUACACCUUUACAGGACUUUUAAUGCAACACGCUGUUCAGUAGAAAAUUGUUCGUUGCUUCACAGCCCGGCUCCCCGGCUUCUUGUGCUCCACUUUUCUGUUGAAGCAUUCCUUCCAUAUCCGCCCCAACCGCUCUCCGUGUGCUCGACGAAAUGCCUUUGCGAUGGUUUCCCUCGUCAGGACCCCACCGCAUUUAUUUCUUCCCGUGAAAAUGAAUUCCUCGUUCAGUCCCGCUCCGCUGAAACUCCGCGGUCUGAAACUCAGCUGUCCCACAUUAACAAGCUUUUCGGGGACGAAAAGGAAGGGGCUUUAUGGGUUUCUUGAUCCGAGGAGGCGCGAGAGGGGGUGGGGGAGGGAUGUAAGUGAUUCUCGUUGUUUGUGUUAUGGGGGUUCGGCGAGCACUGGAGGGGACGCCGAGCUGGAGGCCAGAAUCUUGGAGUUCAUGCAGAAUUCCAAGAAGUCAGGGUCGUUCCCAACUAGGAAAGAGCUGGAGGAUGCGGGUAGGUUUGAUUUGGUUGAGGAUAUUAAGAGGAGAGGCGGGUGGUUUUCCCUUGGUUGGGAUUCUGAUAAUGAUGGUAACAAUGAGGGGCUUGAGAUUGAUUUCGAUAUGGAGGAGUUUGCAAGAAGGGUCAAUACUUGUAGAGAUAGUGGAGCUUUUGUGGACAUUGAAGUAGACUCUCUUGGUUCUAACGUUUCUUCUGAAAGUGUAUCUUCUUCUGGUAGAUCAUUAAAAGCAGAAGCAGAGGAGGAGAGUGGAAUUGAGGGCAUAUUGAGACGAUUAGAGAAACAUAGACAAUCAUCUUUCAGUAUCUGUCCGGAAAAAUCUGGGAAUGGAAAAUGGCCAUUAAGCAAGACUGCCGGGGAUGAUAUGAAUAUCAUGACCACUGAUGUGGGAAGUAGUUAUCUAGAAGACACCGGCACAUUUGUAUCAGAUUCAUGGAGAACUUGGAGUUCUCGGCGUGCUGGAUUUCACGACACUGAAUUUGAACCCGAUGAGAUUAAGUUUGGUCACAGAAAUAAAGACGAUACAGCUGUUGUAAAUGAAAAAGGUGUAGAAGAUUUACUGAGACGGAACGGUGUCACUCAAAAUGACAUAAGAGCUUCCCUUAGGAACCUAGAAGUUGAGCUUAAUUCAGCACUUGAGUUCAUGAAAUUCAAGAACGAGGAGUUCAGUUCAAAUGAGGUUAUGAGCUGUUCUCACAGUGAUCUGGAAAAGCUUUCAGAUGCAUUGGAGUUCAAUGAAAAUCAGUUGAUGUAUGCCCAGAAUAUAUUGCGCUCAAUACGUGCAAAGCUAAAUGUAUUAGAAGGGAAAAUGGCUUUGUCAGCUAGUGAUGCACAAAAGACGAUGGAAAAGAAACAGAGUAGAAUUGAUAGCGUUCAUAUAGCCAUGCAGCUUCUGCGUACCGUCCAUAUUGUCUGGCCUAAUUCUGCCUCAGAAGUUCUUGUAGCAGGGUCUUUUGACAGCUGGACAUCUAAGAGAAAGAUGGAGAAAUCAAGUGCUGGCAUUUUUUCGUUGACAUUGAUGUUGUAUCCUGGCAGAUACGAGAUUAAGUUCAUUGUAGAUGGGAAAUGGAGAGUUGAUCCUUUACGCCCUAUCGUUCACAACCAUGGACAUGAAAACAAUCUCCUUUUUAUCACGUGAACCCUUCAUGUGCAUUGGAGGGUGAUUUUUUUCUGAGGACUUAGACAGAGUGUAUCCAACUUUCACUCUGCAAUUUCGUCAUAUAAUCUUUCUUAGGUGAUGUGAAGCAAACAUGUUAACUGUUGACGAGCUGAUCUAAUAACAUUCUUCUGUACAUAUGUAUAUACUACUAGGAUAGAGGCUUCAGGCACUGAAGUCCUUAGUCACGGUCUCACGGAGUAGUUUCAAGAUUAAUAGCUGAUGUAUGGGAACGUUGCCUGCUGGUAUAGCGUGUCUUUCUCGUGUAUGUACAUUUUAGUAGAAGAGGUGUGAAAUUUCUGAUUCAUCUAGUAAACAAUAUUGUAUUACUUUUGAAAGGCGUCUAGCUCAGAGUAGAUGAGACUAACAUGUAACUCGUGAAUCUUUAUUUACUUCUUUUGUCAUCAAUUUGUUUGGUUCAAAUUAUGUGAUUAUGAGAUAAUCUUACAUCAC